CGACCGUCUGCACGCCGCCCAGGGAAUACUACCUGCUGAUUGACUGCAAAAGGCCCCGCCAACGAUGUCGGUGGCCAGCAAAAACUCUUUCGCCCUCCUGGAAGACGAGGACGCCUCGCGGCCGUCCACCCCCGUCGCCAAGCCACCGCCCACAAAGGACGCGGCUGCUACCCCUGCUCCUUCCCGCGGCAGUCAGAGGGGCCGAACGGGCCCUGCCUCUCGCGGGGGUCGCUACUACCAGAGAGGCGGGAAGGCUUCUCAGACUCAGGACGGAGCUGAGGAACCUGCCGCCGAGGGAGAGAAGAAGUUUGAAGGCGAAGGCCGUGGUCGUGGCCGUGGUCGCGGAAGGGGUCGUGGCGGUGAGCGUGGAAGGGGCGGGCGAGGGCGCCCCUUCGACAAGCACAGCCAGACCGGCAAAUUCGACUCCGACAAAAAGGUCAGCCAGGGUUGGGGCGCCGACGAAGGAGAAGCCGAACGCAAGGUCGAAGAUGCUGCAGCCAACGAUGCCGCUGCUGAGCCAGUCACGCCAUCUGCUGACGAUGGCGGCUGGGGCGUAACAGCCGACAACGAUGCCUGGGGCUCUGCUCCCGCUGGCGAUGAGGCUCCUGCCGCCGCCGCCCCGACCGAGGCGCCCACUGGAGACCGCGAGAGACGCGGCCGGGACAGGGAGGUCGAGGAGGACGACAACACCCUCACCCUGGAUGAAUAUCUCAAGCAGCAGAAGGAGAAGGAGCUUGAGCUUGUCCCCAAGCUUGAGACGAGGAAGGCCAACGAAGGCGACGACUCCAUCUGGAAGGAUGCCGUUCUUGUCACUAAGAAGGACGAGGACGAGGCUGCCUACUUCGUUGGAAAGAAUAAGGCUUCUGCCCCGAAGCCCCGCGCCAAGAAGGAGGAGAAGGUCUAUCUCGAGAUCGACGCUCGUUUCGAACGUCCUUCGCGUGGCGGCCGCGGUGGUCGUGGUGGUGACCGUGAGGGUCGCGGUCGUGGCCGUGGCCGCGGUGCUGGCAGGGGCAGGGCCAACGGCAAUGGAGCCGCAACCUCGAUUGUCGAUGUCGGCGACCAGACCGCCUUCCCCUCGUUGUCCUGAGCUCGACAUGACACAGUCACGUAUCAACCACUUAUGUGCGUGACACAUGUCGAGGCGGCGUAGCAAAAUGCAACAACACAAACGUAUGAGUGUUCCUGGUGACUGGGUCACUCAUCCACGGUUCAGUCAUUGUCCUCCCUCAUCUCGCGAUUGCAUAAAUAUCUGCACCUCAUCAUCCUCAUUUGUAUGUGGUUUUUUUUGCCCUCUGUCUCUGUAUCUAUCGUUGCGACAGGCUCUGGUACACUGACACAAAAUGUUUCGCUGUUAUGAAGCCUAUGUCAUGAUAUUA